AUGGACAAGGCGCAGGGUGUCAGCGUGUUACCUAAGCGGUUUGAGUGCGAGGCUGAAGGAGGCUGGGUUAAUGGACCUGAUGGCAUUCUACAGAAUGGAGCUGUGGAUGAUAACGUGGCUAAAACCAGCCAGCUUCUGGCAGAAUUGAAUUUUGAAGAAGAUGAAGAAGAUACCUAUUACACAAAGGAUCUUCCUGUGCAUGCUUGCAGUUACUGUGGUAUCCAUGACCCUGCUUGUGUGGUUUACUGUAACACCAGCAAAAAGUGGUUCUGUAAUGGGCGCGGAAAUACAUCUGGCAGCCACAUUGUUAAUCAUCUUGUGAGAGCGAAGUGCAAAGAGGUGACUCUCCAUAAAGAUGGACCUCUAGGAGAGACUGUCUUGGAAUGUUAUAACUGCGGAUGUCGUAAUGUGUUUCUCCUUGGCUUUAUUCCAGCUAAGGCAGACUCUGUGGUGGUUUUGCUGUGCAGGCAGCCAUGUGCCAGCCAGAGCAGUUUAAAGGAUAUUAAUUGGGACAGUUCACAGUGGCAGCCUCUUAUCCAAGAUCGCUGUUUCCUUUCAUGGCUGGUAAAGAUUCCAUCUGAACAGGAACAGUUGAGAGCACGUCAGAUUACAGCUCAACAGAUUAACAAACUGGAAGAACUUUGGAAGGAAAAUCCAUCUGCAACCCUUGAGGACUUAGAAAAGCCUGGUGUUGAUGAAGAACCACAGCAUGUCCUGCUUAGAUAUGAAGAUGCUUAUCAAUACCAAAAUAUAUUUGGUCCUCUAGUCAAGCUUGAGGCAGAUUAUGACAAGAAACUCAAGGAGUCUCAGACCCAAGAUAACAUCACGGUCAGAUGGGACCUGGGCUUGAACAAGAAACGAAUUGCUUAUUUCACUUUGCCAAAGACUGAUUCAGAUAUGCGUCUUAUGCAAGGAGAUGAGAUCUGCUUGAGGUAUAAAGGAGACCUGGCCCCUUUGUGGAAGGGAAUUGGUCAUGUUAUCAAAGUUCCUGAUAAUUAUGGUGAUGAGAUAGCCAUUGAGCUGAGGAGCAGCGUUGGAGCGCCUGUGGAAGUUACUCAUAACUUCCAAGUGGAUUUUGUGUGGAAGUCUACUUCGUUUGACAGAAUGCAGAGUGCUUUAAAAACAUUUGCUGUGGAUGAGACUUCAGUGUCUGGGUACAUCUAUCACAAACUAUUAGGUCAUGAGGUAGAAGAUGUAAUUAUUAAAUGCCAGUUGCCAAAGCGCUUUACAGCACAAGGACUUCCUGAUCUCAACCAUUCUCAGGUUUAUGCUGUGAAGACUGUCCUGCAGCGUCCUCUGAGCCUUAUUCAGGGUCCCCCUGGUACUGGAAAAACAGUGACAUCAGCCACAAUCGUCUAUCAUCUGGCUAGACAGGGCAAUGGGCCUGUGUUAGUCUGUGCUCCAAGUAAUAUAGCUGUAGAUCAGUUGACUGAGAAGAUCCAUCAAACUGGACUGAAAGUGGUUCGUCUGUGUGCUAAAAGUCGUGAGGCAAUUGACUCUCCUGUGUCCUUCUUGGCAUUGCAUAACCAGAUCAGAAACAUGGAUAGCAUGCCAGAGCUUCAGAAACUGCAGCAGCUUAAAGAUGAAACCGGAGAACUGUCAUCUGCUGAUGAGAAACGUUACCGUGCACUGAAACGAACAGCAGAGCGUGAAUUACUUAUGAAUGCAGAUGUGAUCUGUUGCACGUGUGUGGGAGCUGGUGAUCCAAGACUUGCAAAAAUGCAGUUCCGCUCCAUUCUGAUCGAUGAAAGCACGCAGGCUACUGAGCCAGAGUGCAUGGUGCCAGUUGUCCUGGGAGCAAAGCAGCUUAUUCUUGUAGGUGACCACUGCCAGCUUGGUCCUGUUGUGAUGUGUAAAAAAGCUGCAAAGGCUGGCCUAUCUCAGUCUCUCUUUGAGAGGCUUGUGGUGCUGGGGAUUCGUCCGAUCCGCCUGCAAGUGCAGUAUCGCAUGCAUCCCGCACUCAGUGCUUUUCCAUCCAAUAUCUUCUAUGAGGGUUCGCUCCAGAAUGGUGUUACUGCAGCCGACCGUGUGAAAAAGGGGUUUGAUUUCCAGUGGCCACAGCCAGAUAAGCCAAUGUUUUUCUAUGUUACACAAGGACAGGAAGAAAUUGCCAGCUCGGGCACUUCUUACUUGAACAGGACGGAAGCUGCCAAUGUGGAGAAGAUAACUACAAAGCUAUUGAAAGCUGGUGCCAAACCAGAUCAGAUUGGCAUUAUUACUCCUUACGAAGGUCAACGAUCCUAUCUGGUGCAGUACAUGCAAUUCAGUGGUUCCUUGCAUACAAAGCUCUACCAGGAAGUGGAAAUUGCAAGUGUGGAUGCCUUCCAGGGACGAGAGAAGGACUUUAUUAUCCUUUCUUGUGUGAGGGCCAACGAACACCAAGGAAUAGGGUUUCUGAAUGACCCCAGGCGUCUUAAUGUAGCUCUUACAAGAGCAAGGUAUGGAGUAAUUAUUGUUGGGAACCCAAAAGCGCUGUCUAAACAACCCCUUUGGAAUCACCUGCUGAAUUACUACAAGGAGCAGAAGGUUCUGGUGGAGGGACCACUGAAUAACCUCCGGGAAAGCCUUAUGCAGUUCAGCAAGCCCCGGAAACUUGUCAAUACCAUCAACCCAGGUGCCCGGUUCAUGACUACUGCCAUGUACGAUGCACGUGAGGCUAUUAUUCCAGGAUCUGUCUAUGACCGGAGCAGUCAAGGGCGCCCAUCCAACAUGUACUUCCAGACCCACGACCAGAUCGGGAUGAUUAGUGCUGGCCCCAGCCACGUCACUGCUAUGAACAUUCCUAUCCCUUUCAACCUUGUGAUGCCACCGAUGCCACCACCGGGAUACUUUGGCCAGGCGAACGGACCAGCCGCAGGACGUGGGGCGCCAAAAGGAAAGACUGGUCGUGGUGGGCGCCAGAAAAAUCGUUUUGGAAUUCCUGGAACUAGUCAGUCAAACCUUCCAAAUAGUCAAGCGAGCCAAGAUGUGGUGUCCCAGCCUUUCUCCCAGGGUCCACUGACUCAGGGCUAUAUCUCCAUGAGUCAGCCAUCACAGAUGAGUCAGCCUGGGCUCUCCCAACCAGAAUUAUCACAGGACAGUUACCUUGGUGAUGAGUUUAAAUCUCAGAUUGACGUGGCGCUGUCACAGGACUCUACUUACCAGGGUGAACGUGCAUAUCAACAUGGCGGAGUGACGGGACUGUCACAGUAUUAGAGUGUUGAGGAAGAAGAGCUAAGCUUGUGUGGAGCUUAGUUCAUCAGCAUUUUAUUCUGGGUAAUAAAAAAAAUAAAAUAAAAUGGAUACCUGUUUUCCACUGCUAAAACUGAAGCACCACUGUGUGAGAGCAACAGGAGAAAGAAACCAACCAACGGAGAGGAGAGAGAGAGAAAGGAGCGCGCGCGAGAGAGCCCACUGCUAGCUCACUGAGACAAGGAGACUGACCGGAGAGGAGAGAGAGCACCGAAGGACUGGCUGGCGCCUCACGGGGAAGGCAACUCACCCUGAAAUGAGUGGUCAGCCGAGUCCCUGCUCCCCCAGUCAACCAAGCUCGAGAGAAGGGCCUUAAGCAGGUUUCACUUCAUUCCAUACUUCUCUUUGCGAGCAGGGCAUUACUUUUCAGAGCAGAUGGGGAGAGGAAAACCCUCAUCUCAGAGUUGUUCUCGUUUUAAAGGGGUACUAUAUUUUAGCAGUAACUGUUUACAUUUUAGAAGCAGAGUAUCUUGAGAGAGAGAGAGAGUUCCUGAUUAAGUGACAGCCAGCCAAGCAGAAAUCCAGCGGAACAUAGCUGAUGCUCAACUCUGAGAUGCAGGUUUUGUUGUCCAACACUGGCUCUGAAAUCCUAGUGUCAUCGUGUCGCCCACAUUCUGAACGGGUCUUUCGUGACAAGGUGGUUUUAAAGAGAUUCUUUCAAAGGAGCACUGAAUUUUUAGAAGUUUGU